ACUUCUUCCUAGUGGUCCUUGCACCUAUUACAUGUCUUGCUAAGUUGCUAUAUAUGAUAAAAUAUACAUAAUACAACAUUUGACUUUUAAACGACUUGAUGCUAGUCAACCUUUAUAAGAUUCUCUAAGCCACAACCACUAUAGGUACGCGCUUCUAAGCAAACUGGGUUCUAUAUAUAUUCACAGGAAAGAUGAUACUACCAUUAACCAUACAUAAUCUUCAAUAUAAAAAAGAAUGUCUUCGGUGAUAAACCUAGAAAAAUGUCGAAUUCCACUGAAUGAGAUCAUUUGUGCCACAAAAAACUUCAGUUUAGAAGCUGUAGUCGGAGACGGUGGAUUUGGUAUGGUCUACAGAGGACAGCUCUCUAACCACUGGGAAAACCAGCUAGUAGCCAUCAAACGCCUUGAUGGUAAUCUUUAUCAAGGAAACAAAGAGUUUCAUAAUGAACUCAAGUUGGUUUCAAGUUUCAACCAUACAAACAUCAUCCCAUUCGUUGGCUACUGUGAUGAUGGAAAAGAGAAAAUUAUAGUUUACAAGUAUGCUACAAACAGAAGCCUUGAUUAUCACCUCCAAGACCCAAAUAUGAGGCGUUGCCUAACAUGGGCACAACGCCUGAAGAUAUGCUUGGGGGCAGCAAGAGGUUUAAAGUACCUUCACUCAGGUGUUGGGGAACACAGGAGAGUAAUUCAUAGAGAUAUGAAGAGUGCAAAUAUUUUGUUAGAUGAAAGUAUGGAAGCCAAAAUAUGUGAUUUUGGUUUGUCAAGAUUAGGUCCAAGAAAUCAGCCACAGACCUAUAUCCGUACAAAGCCUUCUGGUACAAGGUAUUACAUUGAUCCAAUUUACAACGAAAGAGGUAGGCUCUCUAAAGAGUCUGACAUUUACUCAUUUGGAGUCGUAAUGUUUGAAAUGUCGAGUGGGACGAUGGCUUAUGAAAAGCGGUUUGGAGAUGCUAAGGAAAGAUAUCUAAUCGACAUAGUUAGAAGCCACUAUGACGACCAUAAACUUGUUGGCGGACUUGACAAGUUAAUGGAUCCCUUUAUCAGAGGUCAUAUUAAUAUGAGUUCCUUUGAAAAAUUUAAUGAAGUUGCACAUGAGUGCAUUAACUUGGACUUAAGGAAACGCCCUACGUUGGAUAGGAUCAUCAAGACGAUUGGGGAAGCAAUGAAUAUUCAAUGCUUCCAGCUAGAUAGGGAGAGUGGGAAAAGGUGUUAUAUGCUGGGGGCAAAAGAGCUAUCAAUUGCGUGGAAAGAUGAACCUCGCUAUUGGGAUUGGCAACAUAUACCUGAAUCAAGGUUUGCGGAGGUGUGCAUACUUAAACACGUAUGUUGGCUUGCAAUCCAUGGCAAAAUUUCAUCUGCAAUGCUGUCACCAAACAAUCCAUAUGUUGCAUAUCUCAUUUUUCGAACUACUAGCGAUUGCAGGGGACUUUCUGUGCCAGCAAAAACAAGGGUGAGCUUUGGUGGGAUAAGAAUGGAGACCGAAGGUGUGUAUCUUCUAAGACCAAGGGUUAGUAGUAGAAUAUUGAAUCUGGAAGAAACAUGUAUGUAUCCUUAUAAACGCAAGGAUGGGUGGAUGGAAUUGAAGUUGGGAGAAUUCGCAUGCAAUGAAGGAGAUGAUGGGGAGGUUGAGAUGGCGUUUGAGGAGGUUAAGCAUUUAAACUGGAAAAAUGGUCUUAUCGUGGAAGGCAUCGAGAUUCGAACUAACAGAAUCCACAAUGAAAGUUAUUUUUUACGAGACUUUUUACUAGUAAGUUUAUUUAUGUGUUGUUUGUAUAUGUUGCCUAUUUACAAUUUGUUUUAAACUUUUGAUAUAGUGCCACCAUUGUAAAAACUUAUGGCAAGAGGCUCUACAUUAAUAGUUUUUUUUUUCAAAAUUUUAAA